ACAGUCUACUUCUACAGGCCGCAGGUAAUGCCCUACGGCACCUUCUGCCAAUGGAACCAAAGCCCGAUUUCGAUUCCCACAACGUCUCUGGAAUGGCUCGUAGCACAAGCACCAAGACCAGGACCAGCCCCGACGGAGGCGAGGGAAAUCCUCGCCUCGUAUCCUAGUCCGAUCACGUUCAGCUGCGCCGAACAAGCCUACAUGUUCCUCAAAGCGCUGUAUUUCCACAGCGAGCUCUUCUGCACGUCCAUCAUGGAGGCCCGGUACCCAAGUCAGCACAAGCAGCUGGGGCGCGGGGUGCCGGGGUACGACGACGCAGCGUGGUGCUUGGUACGCGAACGUGUGGCGCGCGUAGUCAACUACUGCAAAUUCAUGGAUGCCGAGAAUGCGCGGAUGAGGGCCGUGUUGCUGGGCACGGGGGAUGCUGAGUUGGUCGAGGCUGGGCGCAGGGAUCGCGUGUGGGGGAUUGGG